AUGUCACUCGCCGGCGGCCGGGGCGUUCCGAUUUUCCUGCCCGGCAGCUUCGUAAAACCACCGCACCAACCUCACCAACCUUCGCUCGUCGCUGUCACUUACAACCCCACACGUUGGAUUCCAGACCCUCCAGUCACCUCAAUUGAUACUUUCACACAGUCUAGGAUGGGUCUCACCGAUUUUUUCUCCGACAUGUUCUCCUCCCUGGGCUUCCCUGAGGCUCAGGCUGAGGCUCCCGCCGAGACCGUUGAGCAGAUCACCAGCCAGGAGACCCAGUCCGAAGAAAAGCCCGCUGUGACCGAAGAAUCCGCCAGCGAAGAGAGCACUGAGGAAUCUGGUCAGGAGACUCCUGCUGAGGAGGCUUCCGAGGAGGAGCCCGAGAAGGAGGAAGAGGAGGAAGAAGAGGAGGAAGAAGAGGAGGAAGAGGAGGAGCCUGAGGACAUCAAGCCUCAGCUGGAGGAGGAGUGCGCCAACUCCGCCCAAUGUGCCCCGUACAAGCACCACUACGACGAGUGCGUUGAGCGUGUCACCCGCCAGCAGGAGGACCCCGACCACAAGGGUCCCAAGGAGGACUGUGUUGAGGAGUUCUUCCACCUUACGCACUGCGCCACCCAGUGCGCCGCCCCCAAGCUCUGGAAGUCCCUUAAAUAA